AUUAAGAACUAAGAAGUUAGUUUUAUUUACUCUUUAGUCCCGAAUCGGCCACUCUCGCUCGCUGGAUCCUCGCCGUUCGGUGACAAUCUCUCACAGCUGAAGGACAUUGUUAUUCCGAAGGACGAAGCCAUGACGAGUCUGUUAUGGUUAACGGCAGAAGAGGCUGCAAAGAACAGAGGAAAAGUUCUUUCUUUGUACCGACAACUACUUAGGAGCAUCAACUCGCCAAAAUUGCAGCUUAGUUAUGCGUCAAGACUUGCCAAGAAAGCUGAGGUUAGGACCAUCUUCUUGUUUGGCUCUGAGGAGGUUUCAAAACACAAUGUUGCCGAUCUCAUCCGUACUGCUGAAUAUGCUCUCUCCCAGUUGAAACAAGGCAAAAUCCCCAACAACACCACUCAGUAUUGAUCGAGUCAUUGUCUUCAUGCUCAUUUCGAUAUCAGCCGUUCAUUUAUUUGGAACAAGAUUGUGGUGUUUAGAAUCAUGUCGUGUAUGUUUGCAUUUUACUCAGUAUAUCCCAAUAAUCAUUGAAGAAAACUUUCCAUGGCGUUCUAAUUGUCACACAUACAUAUGUAUCGUACUCUUCAAUCUUGAUUGUGAUAUUGCAAUAAUCAUUAAUGU